CCCAGUCGCCCAGACCUUAGGGAUGGAGAAGACACAGGACAGCGACGCGCUCAGCGGAGGGAUGGGAGCUGAGGGGUCCCAGAACUGCGAGGAGCUGCCCCCGUCUCCGCAGUCCCCGCCACCGCCGCCGUCUCCAAGGUCUCCCUUGUCCCCGGAGACGCCCGAGCUCCCACAGCCCAAAGUGCCGACCGAGGUGGAAGCCAGGCAGCUGCUGCUGGAAGAAUGGGGACCCCUGAGCGGGAAGCUGGAGCUGCCCCCGAGCCUCAGCUGGAAGCUGCUGUUUCUGGAGCGGCCGCUCUACCGCAACCUGCUCAGCUCACCCAACCCCGAAGGCAUUAAUAUCUACCAGCCGGCGCCCCCUACGGGUCCCACCCGGAAACCCCUGACGGACCUGGGUAAUUUCCGCGGAUGGUACAUUACUACUGAGAACCUUCAGGGGCCCCUCAGCUGGACCGUGAAGGAGCAGUGUGUGAACCUGCUGGCCAAGAAGCUCUGGGAAGAACUGCUGGAUGACGAACAGCCUGACAUCACCAUCAUGGACUGGUUCGAGGACAGCCGCCUGGACCAGUGUGUUUAUGAGCUGCACGUCUGGCUGCUAGCAGCUGACCGCCGCACCGUCAUUGCCCAGCACCACGUGGCCCCUCGGACCAAUGGGAGAGGUCCCCCUGGCCACUGGGUUCAGGUGUCCCACGUCUUCCGCCAGUACGGCCCCGGAGUGCGCUACGUCCACUUCCAGCACAAGGCCAAGAACCGCAUGGAGGCCGGAGGGCUGCGGAGGACAAGGGUGACCGACUCCUCCGUGUCGGUGCAGCUCCGGGAGUGACCACGGCCAGGCUCUCCAGCUCCGUCA